AUUCCCACCAGGCACCAACCCAUAAAUUGGCUUUUUGUAAGAAGAUGGCAAUCACACUGGAAAGAAUAACAGGUUUUGAGGUUUAUCAACACAAUUUUGAGAACCGACAGUUCAUACUUUCUAAAAAGAAAACCUCAAAAUCAGUGCCAGAAUGCCAAUGGAAACCUUAUCAUCAUCAACCCAAAUCCUCCUCCUCGCAGUCUUUAUCUUCACAUUUCCUUUAUAUGUAGAGUCCCAAACUAGUGACACCGCUUCUGAAAGAUCGAUUCUUCUUGAUAUAAAGAAGCACUUUUCAAACCCACCAAAUAUCUCUCACUGGACUUCAUCAUCAGACCACUGUACAUGGCCGGAAAUUACCUGCCGGAACGGCGUGGUCACCGGAAUUCACCUUGGUGGGCUACUUAUCAAUAAUCACACAAUCCCACCCUUCAUCUGUGACCUGAAAAAUCUGACCCUUCUUGAUCUCAACAGCAACAAUAUCCCUGGACCAUUUCCUAAAAUUCUGUACAAUUGUUCCAGCCUUGAAAACUUGGACCUUUCUUUUAACAACUUCAAUGGCAUCAUCCCUGAUGAUAUUACCAAGCUUUCGCCUCGGCUCCAGGUUCUGAAUCUGUCUGCUAACGGGUUCAUGGGUGGAAUUCCAGCUGGAAUUGGAGGCCUGAAAGGUCUAAAGGAGCUUCAGCUAGCUGGAGUGGUGACAAAUGGCUCAUUCCCUUCAGAGAUUGGCAACUUGUUGAAUCUUGAAGUUCUUGUUCUGAACUGGAAUACGUUUUCACCACAGGAAAUCCCACCAAGUUUUACCCAGUUGAAGAAACUGAGAAUCCUCUGGAUGCAACACGCCAAUUUGAUCGGCAAAAUCCCAGAAAAUAUCAGUGCCAUGGAAGCUCUAGAGUUCCUGGAUUUAAACACAAAUGACUUGAGUGGAAACAUUCCCAGUGACUUGUUUCUGCUCAAGAAUUUGACCACGAUUUACCUCUACAAGAACCGGUUGUCAGGGCCUAUUCCUCGCCCAGUUAUGGCCUUGAAUUUGAAUGUGAUUGAUUUUUCUAAUAACACCCUGACAGGGAGCAUUCCAGAAGACUUCGGACAUCUGGCAAAGUUGGGGGGAUUGUCCUUGUUCAUGAAUCAAUUAUCAGGCCAAAUACCAGUAGGCUUAGGGAGAUUGCCAGCAUUGUCUACUGUUAAAAUUUUCAAGAACGAUCUGUCAGGUGAACUCCCACCAGAUUUUGGUCGAUUUUCGAUGCUUCAAGUUUUUGAUGUUUCCACAAACCAUCUUACAGGAUCACUCCCAGAUGGUUUGUGUGAUAAUAAGGUGUUGUCUGGCAUGUUUGUCUUUGACAACAAUCUCACCGGUCUGCUGCCAAAAUCACUUGUGGAUUGCAACACCUUGACAGGAGUCAGGGUUGAGAGAAACAAUCUUUCUGGUACAAUUCCUGAUGGUUUGUGGACAGCUAGGAAUUUGACAAGGUUGUUGAUUAACAAUAACCAGUUCACUGGUCAGCUUCCACAAAAGGUGGCAUCAAAUUUAUCUCUAGUUGAUCUCAGCAACAACCGGUUUUCGGGUGAAAUUCCACCUGAAAUCUCUUCUUGGAGCAACCUAGAGACCUUCAGGGCAAGCAAUAAUCUCUUGAAAGGUAAAAUUCCUCAAGAACUCACGGCUCUUGGAUCUUUAUCAGUCCUUAUGCUUGAUGGGAAUAUGCUUUCUGGAAAUUUUCCUUCAAAUAUUAUAUCUUGGAAGUCAUUGUCCACAUUGAUAUGCAGUAGAAAUCAGCUUUCCGGUACAAUCCCUCCAGCACUAGGUCUUUUACCAAGCCUUAAUCAGCUAGACCUGUCUGAAAACCAAUUCUCCGGGGAAAUCCCACCUGAAAUAGGUCGUUUGAACACAGCUUCGUUCAAUCUGUCCUCCAAUCAUCUCUCUGGGAAAAUCCCUGAUGAAUUUGAAGUUGCAGCUUUUCGAAAGAGAUUCUUGAAUAAUACUGGUCUCUGUGCUACUACCCCCUCAUUAGGCCUCAGGGAUUGUGGAACAAAAACUGUGAAAUCCAACAAGAUUUCAGCCAAACUUAUUGCCAUUCUAGGAAGUAUAGCAGCCUUUUUAUUUGUAGUGGUCAUUCUAUAUAUGGGGUAUGUGUGCAUAAGUUACAAAAAAAGAAAACGAGCAUUAUCGGUUAAAGAUUGGAAGCUCACACCAUUCCACACUUUAAGCUUCACAGAAUCAAACAUCAUACCAAAUUUAAAAGAGAAAAAUGAGGUUGGGAGUGGUGGAUCAGGGAAAGUUUAUGUUGUGCCAUUGAGUAAUGGAGAGAAAGUUGCUGUCAAAAGGAUUUGGAGCAACCACAAGCUGGAUGAGAUGCUUGAGAAGGAGUUUCAAGCAGAAGUUGAGAUACUGGGCACAAUUCGUCAUUCCAACAUAGUGAAGCUUUGGUGCUGCAUUUCAAGUGAAGAAUCAAACCUUCUUGUUUAUGAAUACAUGGAAAAUCGCAGCCUCGACCUAUGGCUUCAUGCAAAAAGAAGACCACCCGGGCAAUUCCUGGAUUGGCCUACUAGGCUACGCAUCGCAAUUGGAGCUGCUCAAGGGCUGUCCUAUAUGCAUCACAAUUGCUCACAACCAAUUGUUCAUAGAGAUGUGAAAUCCAGCAAUGUUCUUCUAGAUUCAGAGUUCAAUGCCAAGAUUGCAGAUUUUGGCCUCGCCAGAACAUUGAUAAAGCAUGGAGAUCCCAACAUAGUGUCCACAGUUGCUGGCUCCUUUGGCUAUAUAGCUCCUGAGUAUGCACACACUAGAAAAGUGAAUGAGAAGAUUGAUGUGUAUAGUUUCGGGGUGAUACUUCUGGAACUGGUGACGGGAAGAGAGCCGAACGAUGGAGAUAUGGAUUGGUGCCUAGUUGAUUGGGUGCGAUACUACGUUCAAGAAGGAAACCCCAUUGAGGAUGCUUUAGAUGAGGAAAUAAAGGAGGCAGGGAACAUUGAUGAGAUGUGUGGAGUGUUCAGGCUGGGGAUAUUCUGUACUGGUGCAAAUCCUGCUAAAAGACCCGCUAUGAGAGAGGUGUUGAGGUUCCUCCUGGAUUGCAGCUCUCAAUCAGGAAAUGGAAAAGAAAUAAGUGUUAGUGAGCGCGAUGUUUCACCGCUUCUCAAGUGUUGUAGUAGUGAGGGGAUAUUGGAAGAUGGAGAUGAUGGUUUAAAGCCAGGCCAGUUGUAGUUUCAACAUCAAGAGUCUGUCAACCUGGGGUGUGAUUGAGUGACAAAGACUCAUUCAUCCUUAGCCAAAUGUCAAGUGUUUGAUCAUUGGACAUUGGUCUAUUGAGAAAUUCAGAAAGUAGAACAACAGAGGGAGAAAAUCAAUAUACGUGUAUGGGAGUUUCUUCUGCAAUUUCAUAGGAUUCAUGGAUGCAGAAUUGCAGCAUAUGUGUAUUCUUAUUAUUCCGCAUCAAGUUAUUCUGCAAAAGG